AUGCGCUCCAACAGCAUCUCGUCCAUCUCCUCGUCCUCGUCCGCCUGGGACUGUGAGGACUCGGUGCAGAUCUUCGUCAAGAACAUUGCCGGCGAGACCUUCCCCCUCACCAUCCCGGCCGACACGUCGAUAGAUACCCUCAAGAGCCUGCUCGCCCUCCGCACAAACCUGCCGUCGUCAGACCUGCGGCUGGUGCACGCCGGCAAGCACCUCACCGCGGCCGACUCGACCCUCGCAGACUACAACAUCACCCGUGACUCAACGCUGCACCUGGCGCUCCCCGUGCGAGGUGGCAUGCCGCCCAAGAAGAUCCGCUGCAGCUACAAGGACUGCAAGGAUGCGGCGCAGCGCAUCGUCGGCGACUGCGGCUUCUGCUCGGGCCACUUCUGCGGACGUCAUCGCCUGUUGGAGGACCACAAGUGCUCGGGCCUCGAGGACUGCAAGAAGGAGAGUCACGAGCGCAACGCCGAGAAGCUCAACUCGGAGCGCACCGUCGCGAUACGCGGCAUCUGA